ACAUUUUGUAAAAUUAUUAUAUUAUGUCAGCUAAAGAGAGCAAAAUAUAUACAUUUAUAGAAUCGUUACGGAAUUCAGUAACAGAUUUAAGAAAGAAAAAGUCUUUUAAAUAUGGUCUUCCUUUUCUACUAUUUGUUUUAGGAGGUUCAUUCGGUUUAAGGGAAUGGACUCAAAUCAGGUAUCAAUUCUCACAAGUAAAAGGUGUUAGUAAACAAGAAGCUGAAAAAAUGGGACUUCAUAGAGAUAAAAAUGUAACCUUGGAAGAUACAUAUGAUGAAAUACAGAAAUUGGAUAUAGAUAACUGGGAAAAUAAGCGUGGCCCUAGACCUUGGGAAGCUAAUAACCAAAAAACAUAAAAAAAAACAAUAAAAUUAGAAAUAAUUAUUUCUAGUAGUUACUUUACAAAUAUAUAAUUAAUGUUGAAGAUCAAAUUACUUAUAGAAAGAGUUACUAUUUCCUUAUUCUUAAGCAGAAAUUUCUUUCUUUCACAAUGCUAAGACCUUACUUGGAAAAAAGUAUGAUAAUUUAUGAAAACUAAUACAUUUGAUUAUACAGUUUGGUGUACUGUUUUUUUUUUUUUUUGUGUAGCUAUUAUUAUCAUCUAAAAUUUACCAUUAAAAUAUACACUAUGGUAUUUCUGAAAACUAUUUAUUGAUAGCAAAUCCCUUUAAAUUUAAAUGUAUUAAAAAUGCCAUCUGUAGUGUGAAAUUAACUAGAGGCUCAUUUGAGUUAUACACCAAAUUUUUACAUGCAAAGAGCUUGCACUUGUAUUAUAUUUUGAGAGAUAUUUGACAAUUAUCUCUGGUAGUUGUGAUAAUUUAUUAGAUUAGUAAGAACUCAUUUUGUAAUAUAAUAAAAGUAUAAAAGUUCA